GUGAAGCGUUUCGGCUGUUGACUAUAGCAUCUGCAUUCACUGAUUAGAACGUAUCGUUGUUGUACGCGUUAUGUCAUCGUUCAUACAGUUCGUAUCGGGUUUUGCUUUGCUAGCAACUGUCCUUUAUAGAGGCUGCCUUUCAAAGAAAAGGGAGUAUUUCAUCGCAGCAGUUGAGAUGGAUUGGAAUUACGCACCCACAGGAUUUAACAACCUUAAUGGAGUUCCACUGGAGGACGACAGUGAUGGGUCUCAAUUUACUGUGUCAGGCCAUCACAGGAUAGGACGGGUCUAUCGUAAGGUCCUUUACAGAGAGUUCACCGAUGGGACCUUCACGAAGCAAAAACCUCAUCCAAAGUACUUAGGACUGCUUGGUCCCAUAAUAAAAGCUGAAGUUGGUGAUACUCUAGAGGUUCACUUCAAGAACAUGGCCUCAGACCGCCCCUUCACGAUGCACCCGCAUGGAGUCUUUUAUGAUAAGGCCUCAGAGGGAGCCCUCUAUAAUGAUCAUACUCAGGGAGACCUGAAAGAGGACGAUCACGUUCAACCAGGUGGGAGCCGUGUUUAUCUGUGGACAAUUCCAGAAACUCACGCACCGACUAAAAGUGAUGAGAACUGCCUCACUUGGGCGUACCAUUCACAUGUCGAACCCACUCCAGAUAUCAACACUGGUUUAAUUGGGGCAAUCUUAACUUGUAAGAAGGGAACCUUAGAUGCAAACACUGGGGCUCGAACAGAUGUAAGCAAGGAUUUCGUUGUGUUGUUUACUGUAAUGGACGAGAACAAGAGUUGGCUUCUUGAUAAAAAUAUCAAACAAUUUUGCACUGAUCCUGACGGAGCCAUGAAGAAAAAAACAGAUGGUGGAUUUGUAAAAAGCAAUAAAAUGUAUGGUAUCAAUGGCAGAGUGUUUGGUAACUUAGAAGGUCUGGAUUUGUGCCUUGGAGACAAAAUAAGCUGGCAUAUGGUAGGCAUCGGCACUGAUACUGACGUUCACGGAGCAUAUUUUCACGGCCAGACGUUUACAAUUGACAAACAUCUCAGAAGUGUUGCCACUCUUUUGCCUGCCACGUUUGUGACAGCAAGUAUGACCGCCAUAAAUCCGGGAACUUGGCUCUUGAACUGCAUGGUGACCAGUAACUACGACGGAGGGAUGUAUGCUUUGUUCAACGUAACCAAAUGUGACCGCGAUAUUAAAGUACCAAUCGCUAGCGGAGGUCGCACGCGAAGAUACUUUAUCGCUGCCGAAGAAAAGAUGUGGAAUUAUGGUCCUAGCGGAGUAAACCAAAUAACUGGAAAUGAUCUAUUAAAGCCCGGGAGUGAUUCUUCAAGGUACUUCAUUAAGAGCAACAACAGAAUUGGAGGCACCUACAAAAAAGCUCUCUUUAUCGAGUACACAGACGACACGUUUAUCACUCCAAAGAAUCGCACUGAAGAUGAAAUCCAUCUUGGUUCGUUGGGACCUGUUGUCCGUGGAGAGGUUGGAGACACUAUAGAGGUGGUCUUUCGCAACAAGGCGUCAAGAAACUACAGUGUUCAUCCAAUCGGAUUGCUUUAUAACAAAUCUAACGAAGGAGCAUUGUAUGAGGAUGGUACAUCCGGGAAAGACAAGGAUGAUGACGAAAUAAGGCCAAACGGAACGUUUACAUACAAGUGGACUAUACCCGAGGAAAUGGGUCCCAGAGAUACAGACGCACAGUGUUUAACCAGAAUGUACUUGUCAAGUGUGAACCCAACGAAGGACAGAUAUUCAGGUCUUUUUGGUCCCUUGCUGAUCUGCAAGAAAGGAAGUUUGGACUCCAAAAACAAGCAAAAGAAUGUGGAUAAGGAGUUUGUUCUACAUUUUGUUGUUACCUUAGAAAAAAAUUCCUGGUACUACAAUGAUAAUAAGGAACUGGCCGGCGAUCCAUCCUCUAUAGACGAAAGUAUGUAUUCAUUAGGACUGUACUGUAACGUCAUAGACUUUCAAAAAAUUUUCUUUUGUCAUAUUCUACUUAUCACACGUUGCUUGCUGAGAGAAAGCGCUGGAAAAAAUU